GUGACCAUGGACAUGGUGAAUGCGCUCUUCGACUUUGGCCAGUUCCAGUUCCGGUGCGGUCAGUACGGACCCGCCGCCGACAUGCUCUACCAGUUCCGUGUCCUGUCCACCGACAACGACAAGGUGGCUGCCGCGACAUGGGGCAAGCUCGCCUCCGAGAUCCUGCAGACCAACUGGGACGCGGUCGUGGACGAGAUCAAGAAUGUCCGCGAAGGCAUCGACACGCGCCUGUUCAGCAACCCGCGCGCGCAGCUCGACCACAGGACCAUGCUGGUGCACUGGUGCCUGUUCCCCCUGUUCAACUCGGACACGGCCCGGGAACCGAUCCUGGACAUGUUCUUCUCCGCCGCCUUUAUCAACACCAUCCAGACCAGCUGCCCGUGGGUCCUGCGCUACCUCAUCGCCGCCGUCAUCACCGGCCGCAACCGUGGGCGCAACUCGUCUCUCCAGCAGAAGCAGCUCAAGGACAUUGUCCGCUACGUCCGCCAGGAGGCCUACGAGUACACCGACCCCCUGACGCAGUUUGUGAACGCGCUCUACAUUGCGCACGACUUUGAGUCGGCGCGCGAGGCCCUCCGUCUCGCCGAGCAGGUCUGCCGCUCCGAUUUCUUCCUCGCGUCCUCGGCCGACGCCUUUGUCGACGCCGCCCGCCACCUCAUCUGCGAGUCGUACUGCAAGAUCUUCAGCCGCAUGAACAUUCACGACCUCAGCGAGAAGCUCGGCCUCAACCCGGCCGACGGCGAGAAGUGGAUCGUCAACCUGAUCCGCGAGACGCGCCUCGACGCCAAGAUUGACAGCCAAGACGGCACCGUCGUCAUGAACCACCCGCCCAACAACGUCUACCAGCAGGUCAUUGAGAAGACAAAGGGUGGCUUCUUCCGGACGCAGGUCCUCAACGCGGCGGUGACCAAGGCGUCGUCGUGA